CGGCCCCGUGGCCGGCGGAGAGGGCGGUCUGCAGCUCGCUCGCUGCCGUUGCGCCGGAAAGUGGUGACGCCUUGCCGUCGGUGCCGGCGUCUUGGGCUCUCGCUCAGCCUCCUCACUCGGCAUAACCGCAGACAUCAAAGCUACAAUGAGGUACAUUGGUUGGUGAAGUAAGAGUUUACUACUGAUUAGAAUAAAAUCUUUGUUGGAUAUGGCAGAGAUUCACGAGAAAGAUAUGCAAUUUGAGAAAGAAGACGGGGAAGAUGAAGAGUAUGUCUUGCUAGAGUUGGAUGAUUGUCUUUGUUCUGACAUACAACCAAAUGCUCCAUAUGUGCUUUCUGGUUUGGAUACGUUGACUCCUACCUUGAUACUAGGUGAUGGCCUGAAGAUGAUUGGAGAAUACCAAGAGACUAUUGGCACAUGCUAUUUGUUCUCAGAAACUAAUGCUCCACCGAGACCCAUUCAAGGUGAGAUUACACCUCCUGGAGAAAAUAAGGACGAGCAAGGCAGCAGUACCACUAAGGAGGUACCAUCCAAGGAUGUGAAGCAUCUCGCAAGCGUUCAGAAGAUCCUCAAAUUUCGCUCUAUCAAUGCGGAUCAUGAGCAGCAUAGAGCUUACAGGGACAAUGACAAGGAACUUUGAAACAAAAAAAAAACUUUUAGCUGUUUUUUCUUCAUCAAAUUGUACAGUAAGGUGAUUCGUUUAUCCUCCAAACAGAAUGCCAGAAUGACACUUAUAUUAUGCUCAUCUCACUAUGGCACCUUCUAGCUUUCGCUUCUGCUUAUAAAACAAAAU